UUUAUAGAAAUACUUAAGCUGUCACUUUUGUAAAAUUCUUCUAUGGUAUCAUUCUUACCAUCACUUCACAUCCUACUCUGAGGUGAUUCAGUCCUUCCACAGGGAUGUGGCCUAUAGGACAUAUUUCAUUGCAGAGUCAUGAGUCAUAAGAACCUUUGCAGAACCGGCCAGGCACACUAUAAAUCCAUCCUACCCUUCAUGUGAACUGCAGAAACCUUGGAAACAUCCAGAGCAGCAGUGUUUCUCCCUGCACAAAACAAGCUUCACGACAAUGGAUACAUUGAAUAAAGCAAACACAAGCUUUGCUCUUGACUUUUUCAAACAGCAGUGUCAGGAGGAUGAUGACAAGAAUAUUUUGUUCUCUCCUUGGAGUAUUUCAUCUGCCCUGGCUACUGUUUAUUUGGGAGCCAAAGGCAACACGGCAGAUCAGAUGGCACAGGUGCUUCACUUUAACAAAGCUGAAGGAGCCAAAAAUGUCACCACAACCAUAAGAAUGCAUGUCUACUCCAGAACAGAAGAGACUCUAUCAAAUCGACAUGCAUGUUUCCAGAAGACAGAGAUUGGCAAAUCAGAUAAUAUCCAUACUGGAUUUAAAGCACUCAGCUUUGAAAUCAACCAACCCACUAGAAACUACCUACUUAAAAGUGUCAACCACCUAUAUGGAGAAAAAUCAUUGCCUUUCAGUAAGGAAUACUUAUUUUUAGCCAAGAGAUAUUACAGUGCAGAGCCACAAUCAGUCAACUUUGUGGGAGCAGCAGAUGCAAUCAGGAGAGACAUCAAUUCCAGUGUUGAACAAGAGACUGAAGGUAAAAUCCAGAAUCUGCUGCCUCCUGGAUCCAUAGAUUCACUCACCAGGCUAGUCCUGAUAAAUGCACUCUACUUCAAAGGAAACUGGGCAACGAAGUUUGAAGCUGCAGCUACCAGGCAAAGGCCUUUCAGAAUAAACAUGCAUACAACUAAACCAGUGCCCAUGAUGUACCUGAGGGAUAAAUUUAACUUAAACUACAUAGAAUCAGUUCAGGCUGAUGUUCUUGAGCUUCCAUAUGUCAAUAACGACCUCAGCAUGUUCAUCCUUCUACCAAGUGACAUCUCUGGCUUACAAAAGCUAGAAAGAGAAUUGACUUUCGAAAACUUGUCUACAUGGACGAAACCAGAACUAAUGGAGAAAAUGAACAUGGAAGUUUAUCUGCCCAGGUUCACGUUAGAAGAGAAAUAUGACCUGAAAUCUACUUUGAGCAGGAUGGGGAUGCAAGAUGCCUUCACAGAAGGUCAAGCUGAUUUCACAGCAAUGUCCAAGACUGGUGAUCUGGUUUUGUCACAAGUUUUCCACAAGUGUUACCUGGAAGUCAAUGAAGAAGGCACAGAGGCAGCAGCUGCCAGUUCUGCAACACUGGCAUCACGAAGUCUUGGUGCUACUGUUAUCUUUUUGGCAGAUCACCCUUUCCUCUUCUUUAUCAGGCACAAUAAGACCAAUACUAUCCUCUUCUUGGGAAGGUUUUCUUCGCCCUAGAAACUCAAUUACUAAACAAGGUAUUGCAACAACAAGAAUGAACUAAAUACACACCACAAGGAACACCUCAAUAGCCUGCGCGCUUCUUAAUUUUCCUGAACUGUUGACAAAUCUCUCAAUGUUACAAGAGAAUAUUUAUGAAAAAUAGCCUCAAAAUUAUGCCUCUGGCUCAUUUUCCUGGCCAAAGAACUCCAAAAUGCUAGCACUAGACACUAAGUACCGAACUGUGCAAAGAACAUUACUGUGUCUUUUCAGCACUCUGUGAACCAGAACUUCCACAAAGCAGAAUCUCCUUGCAGAAUGCUGCUGCAUCUCCAUUGGUUUCAGAUCAUGCUGAUCACCAAGGCAGGCUACUCACCCGCAUUCUUGUCAGUUUUUUACCAACUCUGCAGCAUGGCAGAACUGGCAAUGAAAUAAACCUGCCAAAUCACCUUUGUUCCUGA